AUGGGCCUACUCAACCCCGAUGGCACACCCAAACUCGGACCCGACGGCAAACCCCUCUGCAUCCUGGACAAAGACGGCAUCCCCAUCGCCACCAAAGACGGCGGACCCUUGCUAGACUCAAACGGCAAACCCAUUCCAGGCACCGGCCUCGCAAAUCGCAUUGCUGAACCCACCCCCGAAACUAGGGACUUCGGCACCACCUACAAUCAAACGUACCAGCCCAAUCCCAUCCAUGUGUGUCCGGCUGCCAACCUCCCGACACCACCGCCCGCAGCGCACCCGUACACUCACACUUUCUGGGACUGCGCCAAUCACGCUUGGUACUAA